AUGGCCUCGUCUGCGGCUCUUAGCAAGAAGCAGAUUAAGAGGUCUAUGACCAAGAAAUCACACUCAUGGUGGUGGGACAGUCACAAUUGUCCCAAGAACUCAAAAUGGCUUGCAGAGAAUCUAGAGAAGAUGGAUAACCGUGUGAACCACAUGUUAAAGUUGAUUGAAGAAGACGCAGACUCUUUUGCCAAGAAAGCUCAAAUGUAUUACCAGAAGCGUCCCGAGCUAAUCCACCUUGUGGAGGAGUUUUAUCGCAUGUAUCGCGCUUUGGCUGAGCGUUAUGAUCAAGCUAGUGGUGAACUUCAGAAAAACCAUCCCUCUGGUGGGAUACAGUCACAGGGCUCUUUUGAGCAAUCAUCUCCUACAUCGAGUCGCCGUCAUAAGGAAGAGGAAGAUUCAUCAUCGUUGACUGAUUCUGGUUCUGAUUCUGACUCUAAGUCAGUUCCUGAUCAUUCCUCUGCUAGUGAUGAAGAUGGAGACGAGGCAUUGAUCCGUCGGAUGGCUGAUCUAGAACUUGAGCUUCAAGAAACGAAAGAGAAGCUCCUUUUCCAGCAGGAAUGUGUUAAUGGUGACAGCAGCAACGCCACUGAUCUCCUCCAGAAAACUACUGUUUAUGAAGGAGAGCUUAGAGAAGCUAAUGAAAAGAUUAAAAUGCAAGAAGAGAUUUCUAAUCUGAUGGUUGAGCUUCAGAGCUGCAUGUCCUCUGGAGAAAAAACUCAAGAGAGUCUUGAAGAUGAAGCAGCUACAAAAGUGCAGGCUGUGGAGGAAGAGCUGAGUAUUGCCAAAGAGAAGCUUCAGAACUUUGAGAAAAAGAUCUCUUCUCUUAAAAACGAGGUUGAGAUCAGUAAAGCUGCAGAGGAGAAGCUUAAGAGAGUCCAACAUGAGCUAAAGCUUGCGCAAAAAGACGCGGAUACUCUCAGAAACAAGCUCAACACAGAGAAGAAAGAAGUCUUGAAGUUGGCUGAGAGACUUGCAAUGGUGAAAACUAGUUUACAGGACAGAGAUAACGAGAUAAGGUCGCUGAAAACAGCAGUCUCUGACGCUGAAGAGAAGAUAUUCCCAGAGAAAGCACAGAUAAAGGGAGAAAUGUCCAAGCUUCUUGAAGAACGAAGGCAACUUGGAGAGCAAUUGAGAGAGCUGGAAUCACAUAUUAGGCUGAUCAAAGAAGAGAAAGCUGGAAUAGAGAAGAAGCUUAAAGGAGAAUCCGAGAAGAUAAGUGUUAUGAAAGAUGAGAGCAAUGUGGUAAGAGGAGAGAUCAAGAAGAGAGAAGAUACGAUAAAGGAAAUGGAAAAGCAUAUGGAGGAGCUUCACCUGGAGCACGUGAGGCUAAGAAGACAGGCGAGUGAGCUUGCAGAAGAAGUGGAGAGGACUAGAGUGGAUACAUCAGAAGUGGCGGAGCAGAAAAGAGAGGCCAUAAGGCAAUUAUGUGUGUCUCUUGAGUAUUACAAAGAUGGGUAUGAGAGGCUUUUGAAUGUUUUUGCAGGACAUAAGAAAGGAGUGGUCUUAGCAUCGUGAAGUUUGGCUGACUAAGACUAAGAGUAGUGGACUCAAAUGUUUUCUCAAGGCUGAAGAUGAAAAAUCAGGAUAACUUUCUGUUUAUUAUGUUUUUGGGAGGCCGAACGUCAAGAAAUGUGGAGAACUCAUGGGGUUUUACUGGCUCUAGAUUAAUGAAAAGAGACUGAAGGAUUUGAUUAGGUUUGCAUCGUUGGUAUCAAACCUGAAGCUAUAGCUUCUGUAGUAACAACAUGGCUCUGGAAUCAUGUGUGAAUAUAAAAGGCGAGGAUUUGAGAAGGUUAAAGCUUCCUUUAAUGGUGACGCCGAGGUAGAAUGAGGACAAACUUAGCAUGCCCUUCACAGUUUAUGUGGAUGCUAAAAAUGAACAUCCACAUGUGUCUAAGGGUGUUGUGAUAGGGCACAAACAAUAUUAGCUCUCGCAUCAAAAGAUUCAAAGCCUUGGAAUUUCAGUCGUCUUGAUAUUAUAUUUCCUUUGAGAUACAGAGAAGGCAGUGUUCUUAAAAGAGCAGGGCAUACAAAAGAUUUGGUUUACCUAUCUGUGUAAGCCAGCUUACAACAUUAGUUUUUUUUGUGAGAUUGUAGAUGAUGAUGGUUCCAUUGGUAGAUUACAAAUACUUCGUCAAUUUGGUCUAGAGAAUAAUUUGAAAAUCAAAUCACUUGCUCAUCUAAUCAGGCACAAUACAACACUUG